AUGCCCGCCCCAAAGGUCGUCCCUGAGCUUGAGAUGGAGCUGGAGGUGGCCGCCAUGAGCAUGAACACACAAAGGGAGCUGCAGAAGCUCCGGGCACAAAGGGACGACCUGGCGGACCAGAUAGAGCGCCUGGAGUGGGCCAUCGCCCACGGCGCCGAGCUCCUGCCCGCCGCCCACGAGCCCGCGCAGGACGCCCGCCGCGCGGCGCUCGACGCGCUCGUCAGCCAGAAGGGGCAGGUCAAGGCGCGCCACAGCGCAACCCUCAGGGCCUACCACGAGGCGUUCCACCCGGUCUGGGGGCGGCUGCUCAAGACCGGCUACCAGAACUCACGAUACGCACACCAGAUGGACCGUUUUGCGUGCCUGUACACCUCCCACGUCAGCAACCUGGCGUGGUACAGCCCCUGCAAGGCCUACCGGGGGCGGAUGGACAUCAUGAGCCACGAGAUCUAG